AGAAAUUGAAAUUUUUUAAAAUCACUAUAUCUAGAAUUAUUAUAGAUAUGGUACAUACUACUUCAUAAAAUGAUAAAUCUAAAUAGUUAUUUUAAAUUUUUCAACAAAAAUUAAUUCCUCAUAAUAUGAUAAUAUUAUAUUAAAAAUCACAGUACUGCAUUAUAAAACAAGGAAUUUGGAAUACACAUACAAACGUAUUAUAAAUCGGGGGCUGUUUGUUCCUGUUCAUUUCUGUCUAAAAUCUAAAUAAUAGAUAAAUAAGUACAUAAUAUAAUGUACGAUUUAAGCGGGUCGUCCUAUUGCGUAUUAAAAAAUUUAAUUUUUUUUUAAAUUUAUUGAAAAAUAUGCUCAAAGUCACAUGUCUUCUUAGUUAUACUUAAAUGGAGGGGCUCUUUUUAUUUAGCCGAUCAUGCAAGUAAUGUGUGUCCAAGCCGUCACUAUGAACUAUUCCUUAAUAGGUAGGUACUUAAAUUGUUUUAAAGUUUAAUAAUUCUAAAACUAAGUCUUAAAAUUUUAAUUUUGUAACUUUAAAAUAUUCAGAAAAAUUAUCCGCAUAAUAAUGUGCAUUAUGAAAUCGAGGUUUUCAUUUGAAAAGACACUCCAAAAUAGCACAAAAAAUCUUAAUAACUUGAAAAUAUCGUCUUUCAGUUUAUUUAAUAAAUCCAAAAAUUACAAUUUCAAUUAUUUUGAAAAGGGGGAGAGUGAGCACGCUUAUUGCGUGAGACACUCUGUAUAAUAUGUAUAGUAUGCACCACGACAAUGGUACACUUACCUUUAUAAUAUAUUGUUUCGGGACGAAAGGACAUGUCGUAAAUUUAAAAUUAUUUCUCACGUAAACGCUGUGUGGUCGUCACAGGACGUUGAUGGAACAUCAGCUUCAGUGUUGUAAUAUAUACCGCCGACCGAACCCAAAUACUUAAUUAUGCCCCUAUGAUCGCGCGUAAUAAUUGUUCCGAAUAUCGUUGGGUUAAUCGUCCACAAAACGACAGCAUUAAUGCAUUAUAGUUGUGUACGAUAUUGCACCACUGCACUGGAGCGGAGUAAUUAUACAUACACCGCAGCGUCAUUAUUAUUGUCAUCUAAAGUAUUAUACCGAACACCAUUCUGGAUAUUUCGGUCGUUUCAUAUAAUCGCAGACGAUCCGGACAACGAUUUGGUGCCUCAAGGUAUACCGAAACGAAUGUAUUGCAGUUGUGGUCGUCUAUAUUAUAUAAUAUUGCUUGACGAAGAGGAAAAUCAUUAUUGUAAUCGACUCCAACGACAGAAAUUCCAGAAACGGAAUUCCGGUACCUAUAUAGGUAAUAUAAUAUGUAUAUAGGUGAAUACGUAUAUUAUAUUAUUAUUGUUGUGCACCAAUGGAAAUUGCGCCGAGGUACUAUCGCCCUCCCCUCCCCAACCAAUAAAAUAAAUCGAUACGAUAAGUAAUUACUAAUUUUAGUAUUAAUUGCAGUGUGAUCGCGAUAAAUUAUUGACAAACAUUGCAAAGACACACCAAUACGUUUUUCGAUCUUCGUGGAUUAGACGGGCUUGUGGAUGGUGCAGACAUUUUAGCGUACAUUUUUUUUAUGAUUUUAGAUCUGCAGGAUACAAGAUUUUUGUUUCUGACCGAUUCUUCGAAAGAUUACCAUUAUCAUGGUUACUUAUUAAUAAAACGUAUUAUCCACAAUUCUUACCAAGUUUAUACAAUUUAAUUAUACAAAUAAAAUAAAAUAAAGUAUAAUUUUAUAUAGCUCGUUUUAGAAUUAUUUUCUUAAGGCGCCCGGUGCCAUUGUAAUUUUGUACACAAAAAUACAUUCUACGGGAAUAAUGCUCAUGUUUUAUAGAAAACUUGAUAAUUUUUUUUCAUUACAAGAGGGUAAUAUUCAACAGACCACAUCGAACUCCGGGUUUCAAUUUCUUUAAAAUUUUUGUUAAGUAUUAUCUAUUUUUAUAUUAUUACCUUCAGGCUUCAAUAAAAGUUUAAUGCAGUUAUUAUAGAUAAAGAUUUUUCAAAUAUAACCAAAAAUAACUGUAAUAAUAUUCAUUAUCUACAUUAAUCAUUAUACAGACGUCAUAAUAAUCGAUUUUGCCUGGACCAAAAUCUUAGGACCUAAGGUCAUUGCAUCCGAUAUGUCACGACCUCCGGUUGUGGUUUGCGCAUCACUAUUGUUGAUUUUGACCUUUUUAUAAGAAAGUUGCGCAUCGUUCGAUUUUUGUGUUAAAUGUAUAUCAUUUGUGCAUCUAUAUUAUUUAACAUUAUAACUGAAAAAUAGGUGUAGGUAUAUCAAAAGUUUCAAAUUGUUUUAUAAAGUUUUACUGAUAUCUAUAAUUUACAACGGGUUCCUGAACGACAAAAACUAGACUAUAAAUUAAAUAUAACUUUUUAUUAAUAAAAAAAUAAGAAUAAAAAAUAAUUCGAGCUUUUGAUGAGUUUUGUCAAAAUUUGAACUUUAAAUGCUAAUUUAGCAAAAUCUUAUUGCUAUGUACCUAUCUUUAUUAUUUUUAAACUUAAAAAUCUUAUAUUAUUCAUCAUCUAUAUAAUAUACUGGGUGCGGCAGUCAAACUCGACGAUUUUAACAAGAAUUGGUGGGCAGGGUUAAAGUGUUAGAGUUUUCGGGAAUGUUCUUAUCGCUUUUAAAUACUCGGAAUUUAGUAAUCAUGGAGCAUUGGUCGAGUGAACAGCGUGCGUUCGUGGUAAAAGCGUAUUACAAAAAUAAUGAUAGUUUCGUAGGAGCUCAACGUGCGUUUCGCCGACAGUUUGGUUUAUCUCCUCGCGAUUCUGUGCCUUCUCGUGGUACCAUCGACCUGUGGGUAAAAAACUUUGAAACCACAGCUAGCACGACUCAAAAGAGAGGUGGUAGUAAAAAAACUAGACGGACUCAAGAAAAUGUAGAGCGGGUGAGACAAGCAGUAGGGAGAAGUCCCCGAAAGUCAGCCAGGCGUCACAGCAAAGAACUUCGCCUAAGUGAUCGGACUGUGAGGAGAAUAUUAAAGCAUGACUUGCGCUUCCAUCCCUACAAAAUUCAGAUAGUUCAAGCUCUCAAUCCACAAGAUCAUAAUACCCGAUUACGCUUUUGCCAACACAUGUUGACUCUUUUCAAUGAAAACGAAGAUAGGGUACACAACAUAUGGAUGAGUGACGAAGCCCACUUUCACUUAAGUGGCUUCGUCAACAUACAGAAUUUUCGGUAUUGGGCGGAAAGUAAUCCACAACAUCAGCAUGAGAGACCUCUCCAUUCACAAAAAGUAACAGUAUGGUGUGCCGUAUCAUCAUUUGGAAUAAUCGGCCCAUAUUUUUUCGAGAACGAAUCGGGCAGCGCCGUUACAGUGAACUCCGAACGCUACUGUGAUAUGCUAGCCACAUUUUUUUUUCCAGCACUUGAAGAAUACGACACAGAUGAAAACACACUUUUUCAACAAGAUGGUGCGACAAGCCAUACUGCACAAAUCUCAAUGGAUCUGUUGAAGCUAGCAUUUCCAGGGCGUCUCAUUAGUCGGUACGGCGACAUCCAGUGGCUUGCUCGUUCACCGGACUUGACGCCUCCUGAUUUUUUUCUUUGGGGUUAUUUGAAAACCAAGGUGUUAAUCCACCAAGGACUAUUGUUGACUUGAAGGAGCGAAUUCGCCUUGAAAUCAAUAACAUAACCUUGGAAACACUUCACAACGUCAUCGGAAGCUUCGCUGUCAGACUCUCACAAUGUGUGGCUAACCUAGGAAGGCAUUUGCCUGACACUAUCUUUAAAAAAUGAAGUUUUUAAAUAUUAUAACGUAAAAUUCCACUUGUGUACUUUUUAUUUGUUUGGCGAAAAAUUAAUAAAAAAUUUUUUUUCUAUUUUUUUUUAUUUUUUCAAAUCGUCGGAUUUGACUGCCGCACCCUGUACAAUGUACAUAUAUGUACCUGCCUACUCUCUAUGUACGUUUAUAUAAAUAUGACUACCUAUAAUUCAAUUGAACUAAUGCCGUCACUACAACCGGUGUCAUUAGAAAACAGUUUCUACUGUACUUAUAACCGUAUGUUCGUAUAAUAGGUUUUAUUUAUGAGUACAAUCAGAUAAUUUUGCAUAGAUUAGUGCACAUUGUUAUUAAAUAGACUAAUAAUAUUUUUGUGAAAUAGAUUUUUACGAAGAAUUAUUUUUCUCAAACAAUAAAUUUCCUUACAUUAUCUUAU